CCCCACGGCACCCCGUCCCGUCGCGUCGCGUCUCCCCCGAGUCCACCCCGUUCCAGCCGCGCACCAACUCCUCUCCCCUCCCCCUCCCUCCGCGCUGCCAGCCAGCCAGCCAGCCCGGCACCAUCAGUGGGUGGGUGGGUGGGUGGUUGCCUGCCUCCGCCUCCGCUCCACUCCACCGCGCCCGCGGCGAUGGCGCCCGCGCUCCCGCGCUGCUGACCCCCGUAGCCGCCCGCACCGCGGUUGGUUGGCAGGUAGGUUGGUGGGUGGGCGGCUGCGGCGCGCGAGCGGGCGAUCCGGAGCAGGAUCUCGGCGGCGCGGAUCUCGGCGCGCGCGGGGCGAUGGAGGAGGACGGCGCUGCUGCGGCCGCUGCCGCAGCGGUGGAGAAUGGCGCGGUGGUGGAGGCGGAGGGCUACGUCGUCGUGAAGCCGGACUCGGAGGGGCAGCCCGCCGGCGAUCGGGGGGAUCUCGCGGCCGAGCAGGAGGCGGCGCCGGCGGCGGAGGGCGGAUCUGAGGCCGCCAGCCCGUCGGUAGCGCCGGCCGAGGAGGCGGCGCCGGCACCGGCAAAGGCGCCGGCCAAGAAGGCUGGAUCCGGGGACGCAGCCGGGGCGCGGAAGGGGAAGCUGCCGAACGGCAGGGUGCCCGCCGCACCCGCCGCCGCGGCCAAGGGGAAGCGUCCCGGCGUCCUGUCGCAGAGCGCCUCGUUCCCGGCGCGGGGCCCGGCCGGCGGCGCCAAGAAGGCCGCAGCCGUGGUGGGCGCCGCGGCAGCAGCGGCUGCCGCGCCCAAGCAAGCCAAGGCGGUUGUGGCCAACGGAUCAGGAUCAGCGGCGGCGCCAGGACGGGCAGUGGCGGACAAGAAGCCAAAGGCGAAUCCGGCGCGGACGCCUGUUGCUCGCCGGACGAUGCCUGCCAAGUCUGGAUCAGUGGAUGCGGCCGCGCCAAAUGAUGCAACUCCCACAGUCCAAGAGUCACAUGAGAACGCCGCCAAACCAUUGAAACAAGCGCAGCCAGGGAAAACAGAUGAUGAUGUGCGCUCCACCACAUCAAGUACAAAUACUCCUCGUGCAGCAGCUCGCAAGAGUGCUGCUGCUGGCUUUAGUUUCAGAUUGGAGCAGCGUGCUGAGAAGCGAAAGGAGUUCUUCCAAAAGCUUGAAGAGAAAAUCCAUGCAAAGGAGAUUGAACAAACAAAUUUGCAGGAAAAAUCCAAGGAGAGCCAAGAGGCUGAGAUCAAACUUCUGAGGAAGAGCCUGACAUUUAAAGCGACACCUAUGCCAAGCUUUUACAAGGAGCAGCCACCUAAAGUCGAGUUGAAAAAGAUUCCCCCAACACGUGCUAGAUCACCAAAGCUUGGGCGGCACAAGCCAAUUACUUCUGCUACUGCUGCUUCUGCAGAUGGUUCUGUAUGUGACAGCCCACGGAGCACAGCGAAUUCUGGCAAGGUAAAUGAAGUUGCGGAAAAUAACAAAGCUCGGGCUCCUGCAAGGAAACCUGUCCAGAGAUCAGUCACAAAAACUGCAUCCCAAGUGUCUGGGACUGCUAAGGCUGACCCAAGGCCUGUCGUUACAAAGCCCAAAACCUCAAACUCGAAACCUAAGGUUUCAAGGGCAAAAGCUGCGCAAGUACAUGACAACCCUGUUGAAGUUCCCCCUUCAGAACCUUCUGCUCCAGAAGAGCCCACCAUCGAACAUGGUGUUGGAGAAGCAACAGGACUUGAUCUGGCUGCCCCAUUUGUCACUUCGAAUGAAGUCCCAGUCCAUGGUUGAUAUGCACCAUUUUGCCUAUUCAUUUCCUUCUUGCAGUUCUGUGAAUAGUGAGGGUAUGUGCUUCAUUGAAAGUUGAAUCUCUCAAAAUUGUUGGGUCAUGGGGUUAUCGUUUCCUGAGUAGACAUCCAUUUUUUUUCAGCUUGUCAUUGAGCAUGCCAUGUAUAUUGCUUUGAUAUUUUGUCCAUGUUUACAUUUCCCAAUCAUGUGUAUAUUGGAUUUGUAUGUCGUUGGACACCCUAGGAUUAUUGCAAUACAUUAAGGCAACUUUGUGGAUUAUUUUGUGAUUAAGGUCCUGUUACUUGGAAA